UAAUAUGUAAAAACGUAUAAUGUCUGACCAAAAUGUAAACAAACCUUAAUUUUAUUUGAAAGGCAAAGUCAAUCAACUUCCGGUGCUUUCAUGCAACGCGUAGCUACUUCAAUGAAACAGCUGAGCGCGCUGUUUGAGAGCCCCCCGCCGUCAGGUGGGGCGGGAAGUACUGCAUGUUGGGAAAUGUAGUACUAUUUUGGGCAAUUUUAAAGCUAGUAAGGCAAUAAUAAACAACAUUUCCCUCUACCCUUUGCGCGUUUGCUUAUGUGGAACCCGGAAAUGUUAAUCGGCGCAGUCUGUUGACAAGCAACAGUUGAUUAACGGCUGUGAAACACCAUAUGGCUGCCUACUGCCAUCUGUUGGAAAUAUUAUGAACCCGUUGAACGCGAGAUGAUGAUGAUAAUGAAAUAUUGAAGGCACACAAUAUGGAGACGACGCCUUGCGCGGGUUUGGAAGGUGCUGUUAAAACGUAACCACGAUACAUAUAUGUGAUGUUGAUAUAUUUUCCCCAAAUGCAAGUUCAGCAAGCUGGUACCAUCUUUUUCUCACUUCCACAAUGAAACGGUAUGUUACACAAAUCUGUUAAAAAAUAUAUAUCAAAGAAUAGGAAAGCGGAAAAAAUAAUUGAUAUUUGUGAAAAACUGCGACUUUUUUGUGAAUAGUUGCUUAUAGUAAUAUUCAUUAUUUUUUUCUUCUCUGAUGUGCAGUGUUUGGUCUGUUUAUACCCCCUGGCAUAUUUGUGUUUGUAUUCUUUUGUUUUUUGGUUUCAAUUAUUGAUUUUUUUUUCUGUCUAUUUUGUGUUUGCAUUGUUGUUUAUUCUGUCGUGUUGUUGUUAAUAAAAAUAAUAAUAAUAAAAUGUUGAUUUUUAAAAAAAAAAAUUAUUAGCUAUCCAGCUCCCUCUUGCGACGAGACGAAAUUUCUUCUAAGUCAAAAAACAGUCAUAGAACCUGGAUCAUACGUCAGUGUACACGACAUAUUGGAUGUGGCAAAGCUGCUCCGAAACGAAUGCAAAUAAAUGCAUCCGAAAUGACCCAUUUAAUAACCACCCCACCGCCAUUCUAAAUCUAUCCAAGUACUUCCGCUGAAAAUGUAUGAUUUUAUUGGAAAGAUAAUACUCCCGUAGUAAACAAUAACUAUCAAAAGCAGUGGUGUUUUGAAUUCUGAAACCCAGUUGGGCUUCCACUGCCUGAGUUUUUGUUUUGUUUGUUUUUAACUUUCCACCCCUCAUGAGACCAAAGAGGAUGCUCCUGUGAAUUAGCUUUAACUGUCCAGCUCCAUUUACGUCCUUUUUAAUUCUUUAAAUAAUGUAUUUGGUGCCUUAUUUGUCAAUCGCAUUUAAUUAGCGCUGUUUUGUUCUGUGUGGUGUCGCGUUACAACUCUACUAUGGAAACGACUAAUGUGUCACACGGCAACGGCAUGACGUCAUCUUUAAUCGACGUCUCUAAGGAAUGACGGUAUCGAGGAGCGAACGCCUGAUUUCCCCAAACAGUUCUCCGUCUUCGCUGCAUGUUUCUUCGUUGUUCUCAUCGAUCACUUGGACAAUCUCCGCAGGGAAGAGCUAACAUGUAGAAAGGAACGAGGUUCGAGGACCGAGAAGAUUGCAGAACCAAGAAAUGGGAUUUAUCCGUUAUGUGACCGCUUUAAUUUGCCACAUGCAAUGUGGCGGGGAUGUUGCCGUACGAUUCAUCGGAGAUUGUAAAAUAGAUUAUUUUAGGGUAAAAUAGAUAGAUGGACAUUUCAAAAGGUCUGUCAGAAAUAUAUGAUGUGAAUGUUGUUUUAAUUUAUUUAUUAGCACGAUAAAAUGUGACACAUAUAUAUAGUCUUCAAAAAAUAAUGGACAUGUUUUUCUUUGCAUUGAGUUUGUAGGCUUUAUAGGUUGUCCAAAUGAUGGACAUCAAAAACUGCUUUGUGUUUAACUAAAUAUGUGGAAACCAAUCCGAUUUCAUUUUAUGGCUAUGUCACCUAUGUGCUACUAUUUGUAGAAAUUAUACCACUUUCAUGACAGACAUAAUUUUAUGUACAUUAUCUUUCCUAGUUAAUUUAAUCAUGUAAUUUCAGAUAUAAAUAUACCAGCAGAUGAUUGUAGCUCCACACAUUGCAUCAGGAAGCAAAGUUGACGAGACCAUAGUUUGAUUUUUGCUGAGGUGUGGGUACUUAUUUUACACUAGUACAGUAAUAAGAUUAGUAGUCUAAUCCCAGAGUAGACGGGAAUAGCCAAACACUAUUCCACUCUAGACUCAGGAAUAAGAGGACGGACCAGAGGAAUUUACAUGGACUGCAUCUUUCCCAAUUUUCCCAGCCAUUUUUUUUUAAAUUCCCCUUUUUCCUGCACCUGACUUUUCAUCCUGAUGAAGUAGAGAAUUUGGGAGACCACGCUAUCCAAAUGGACGGACACACCCUGACACAGAGAUAAUCUGAGGCAAAUCAAAUCAAGCGAGGCCAAAGGAUUGACUUUCCACAGAGUGAGUGAUAGCGUCACAGUUCGGGAGGUUGAUGUCACGCGUUUUGGCAGCUGCGAGGCAUUUGAGCCCGGAAAUGGUGCUCACCUGAGUCACAGGCUCUGCUAUGACUGUGGACGUCACCCUAACGGGAGAUUCAUAUGGCACUCCAUGAAAGGUCCCAUGGGGGUGCUCUGAUGGAAUUCAUCAGAGCUCCCAGGGCAAAUUACACGAUAAUUGGAGAGGCGAUUCGCUAUGUCAUCCCGGCACAUAUGCAAUGUUCUAUUGGCUGUGGAGGUCAAAGCUGCAAGUAUGACAACCCAAAUUACUGGCGUGAUGACCAACAGGCAAUUAAAGGCCUCUACUCAUCAUGGGUGACUGAUCACCUCCUUGCAAUGUCCAGACCCUCAACUGAAAUCAUUGAAAAGUAUAACAUUAUUGAGCAAUUCAAAAGGAAUGGCAUUAAAACCGUGAUCAAUCUACAGAUACCUGGUGAACAUGCCAACUGUGGAAACCCUCUGGAGCCACAGAGUGGUUUCUCCUACAAUCCAGAGGUCUUUAUGGAAAAUAACAUUUAUUUCUACAAUUUUGGAUGGAGUGACUAUGGAGUGGCCAACCUUACGACUGUUCUGGACAUUGUGAAGGUUAUGGCCUUUGCUCUGCAGGAGGGGAAGAUAGCUGUACACUGUCAUGCAGGUCUUGGAAGAACAGGUGUGUUACUGGCAUGUUUUUUGGCCUAUGCCACUAGGAUGACUGCCAAUCAAGCAAUUUUAUACAUUAGGGCCAAACGCCCUGGUUCUGUUCAGACGCGCAGUCAGCUGACCUGUGUCCGUGAGUUUGUCCAGUUUCUUGGGCCUUUAAGGAGUGUGUUUUGUUGUAGUGAGCCUCGAUCCCAACCUGUCACCUUGGCCCAAUACCUCAAUCGCCAGAGGCACAUCUUGCAUGGCCUUGAGCGUAAAGAAUUGAGGCACCUGCCUAAGAUUGUCCAACUUGUUUCCCGGCUCCUGUUGGAUAUCGUAGAGAAUCGACAAGUGAUCGAGGAGGACAUUUUGGAGGCGCCAGACAUCCAAGAUAUUGAGAUGACUCUGAGCAUCAUUGAAAAGCUUGGACCUCAGUUUUCUACAAAGGAGCCUCGCUUACCAGGCUCCCCCACAUUACCGAGACAUUUUCAUGAACCGCCGCUCUUCUACCACCGCAAGAGUCUUAGUUAUAGUGAGUCUGAUUUAAGACGUCUGGGCUCACAGCUCAACCUCCUCACACAACCCUUGGGCUCUCUCUCACAGGAUAAUAUCGCCAGGCCCAUUUCUCCAUCUGUCUGUAGGGGACCUCCAACCCAAUGGAAGAGUUGGAAUAGUAACACAUCUGACCUCUCCCAAAGCUCCACAGGAUCACUCUGGCAAGUCAAGAAUGAUGAAAAGGAUGGGUCCAUUUUGUUAAAGAAAGUUAAGCAGAUGCCCAUACAACGCAGCGGUUCUGUUGGAAACAAUGGGCCACUCAAAAAAGGUAGCAUGCUCUCCAGAUUGAAAGCAGAGCAAAGGGAGGAGUUGGCAGAAAACGAAAAGAAAUCUCACUGUAGGGAUGAAGAGCAGUCGGAGGUUCCAUAUAUUACCCUGCAGUCUGAAUUGUCACUGGAGGCCAGGAGGCUGCUGGUGGCACAGGCCCUAGCAGUGGACCUUUUCCUGGAUGGGGAGCAGGAACACAGGAACAAAGUGUUAACAUGGCAGGCUGAAUUAAAUCAAGGCGGUGCAUGGGAAAGGCUAUGCAUGGAGCGGGAUCCCUUCAUCCUUACAGGUCUGAUGUGGGCAUGGUUAGAGCAGCUUAAAGAGCCAGUCAUCUGCCUUCAAGAUGUCAUAUCCCUAAAGCCUGACAACAUUGAUGCUCAGACUGUCCUCAACACAUUUGGUCAGGCACCCAAGGAAACACUGCUAUGCAUACUAGACUGUAUGGCUCAUCUACUGACAGUACCAGAGGAGGUUGAAAAUGCAUUCCUGAAUCGUGCAAUCAAGGCUUUUACUUGGGUAAGACUACAUGUGAAUUCAAUUAGUUGUCAUCAAUGUCAAAUGAUGUUCACACUUCAACAGACGGAAAGCAAUUCCAACAAUGGAAGCCAAGUUUAUGAGUCCAUGACUAGAGUCCUACGGUGUGUCCUCGAGGACAUGAGAUGUGUUGCCACCAAAGAAGAAGAAUCUACAAUGUCUUCUUUUUCUUUUGUGUAGAUACUUCUAUAUGUGGAAACGUGGAGGAGACUUUGUGCCUUAUAUUUAUUAUAUUACCAAUGUUGUGAGGUGAAUAGUGGUACAUACCGUCUUAGCAUUUCUGUAUUCCACACUGAGGUAACUCAAUGAAGAACAAUUAAUAUGCAAUGUAUACUGCCUUAUGACUGGUCAACUUCAGUUCCAGAACUAGUCAAGUAUCAAUAUACAGUACUUUUCCAGGUUUAUUGUAGCUCACAUUCCACUAUAUCAAUGCCUUUAAGGUAACAAUGUUAUCUUUGUGUAAAUAACCAAAGAAGGUAAAAAUAAAAAAAAACACGCAUAAUUUACAGUGAAUUAUCUUUUUGGUGGCUGUGCAAAAAGUACAUAUAGGCAAUUUUUUGUUUAGGCUCAGGAGGUGAAUGUAUAAGCUUUUAAAACAUCUCUGCCAUCUUUCCCUUGGACUGAACCAACAAUGCUGGAGAAGUCACAGGAGACGAGGCUGAAACCUCUAAAAAGCAAAGGACACAAAGCAGAGCAAUGUAAUUAGAUGCAAUACAGUUCCUGACAAAAGUCUUGUCGCUUAUCCAUUUUGUAGAAACAAUUGCUAAUAACCUGACUUUUAAUUAUUCAAUUGGUUUCAGAAAUGGCUCAUAUGAAAGCUAAGACAAAAAAUAUAUUAGUUACGCUGAAAAAAGAUUUAUCAUUUAAUGAAGACAUAAAGGUCAAAUUUUGGCAAGACAAAAGUUUUGUCGCCUGCAGAGAGUAGUGUGAAAAUUGAACAAAAAUGUACUUCAUA